AUGCAGGCAUUAUUUGGGUAUGAGCAAAUGCUGGACCUGGAUCACAUUUCAAUCGUUGACGCCGCCCAAACCCUCGGGAUAGUGCUUAGCGACCAAGGCAAAUUAAAUGAGGCCGAGCGAAUGUUCAGGUGGGCGCUGGCCGAGUACGGAAAAGCGCUAGGAAUGGACAACAUUUCAACUCUCGACACUGCGCUCUGCCUCGGGAUACUAUUCAGCGACCAAGGAAAACCAGACGAGGCCGAGCAAAUGAUCAGGUGGGCGCUAGCUAGGUACGACAAAACGCUAGGGCCGGACCACAUUGCAACGCUCCACGCUGCCUAA